AAGAGGGUUGGAAUGCUUGUUGCGUUAGAAGCUGCCUUACCUGAGUAUGUUGUGGAGCAUAUCAGAAUUAACUUUUUAUAUGUGCAGCUAGGCGAAGAAGCAGAUAAGCCUUGCUGGACUAAGUCUAGUAGAGGAAAUUUUCGUGUUAAAAGUGCCUGGGAGUUAUUGAGACAAAAGGCGGACAUGAAUGAAGAUUUGAAUCUCUUAUGGAUUAAGGGAUUACCAUUUAAACUCUCCUAUCUAGCUUGGAGAAUUUGGAAUGGUAAAGUUCCUGUUGCAAGUUUAAUGCACUCUUGGAAUCCUACCAUUUCUCAGGAUUGCAUGUGUUGUUCUAUUCCGGUGGAGGAGACUAUUGAGCACCUUUUCCUAAAAAGUGAGGUAGCUUUCAGAAUCUGGGAUCAUUAUUCUAGAGUUGCUGGUCUCUUAGGUCCUAUGAUUAAUCUGAAACAGACUCUGAGAAGGUGGUGGUCUUCUAAUAGUAGUUACAGAAUUCAAGUGGUUUUUCAGGUUGUGGCCAUUGUCAUUUUGUGGUGCUUGUGGAAGAGAAGGAACACUAUUUUACAUGGUGGCUCAUUCUCAGAAAGAAAGGUCAUUUGGGAGAUUAAUGACAUUAUUCUGAAGGCGAUUAAAACAAGGUUCAAAAGAGAUAUAGGAAGGAACGGUCGGAUAUCAUUACUGAUUUACAGGGGCAUAGAAAUAACUGUAGCAUUAACAGUGUGAGAUGGAUCCCUCCCCCUACUAAUUGGGUGAAAUGCAAUACAGAUGGUACAUCUAGGGGUAAUCCAGGACCUAGCUCUGCGGCCUUUUGCAUAAGAGAUUACUCUGGUUCAUUAAUGGUGGCUAAAGGAUUCAAGAUACAAGAUACCUCUAAUUUGGUAGCUGAAGCUAGAGCUAUUAGAGAAGGAUUUUUUUUUGAAGGAGCAUCAUUUAUCACAUGUCAUUAUUGAAACUGAUUCUAUGGCCAUGGUACAGAUCUUGGAAGGGAGGUGGGAUGUCCCUUGGAGUGUGACACUAGAGGUCAAUUCCAUAAGCUAUUUGAGGAGAUCAUUAUCAGCGAGAGUACAACAUAUCUUUCGAGAAGGAAAUACUCUAGCUGAUUAUUUUGCUAACCUAUUUUUUGAUCUUGCAUGUGAUUAUCAAUUUAGCCAUUUCCAAGACAUUCCUAUGGAAGGGUGGAGAAUUCUAAACUUGGACAAGAGUGGCACUCCUCACAUUAGAAGAAGACUAGUAGAUUGAAUCAAUGCAUUGAUAACAUAUUUAUGCAGAUUACAAGUUCUGGUAGAAAUAAAAGGGAGUUGGUUGUUAGUAUCUAAAUUCGUUAACUAUUGUCUGAAGUAAUUUCGUAAUGGUUUGAGUAUUUGCACCUGGUGAGAGCAUUGAGGUGUUCGCCUAAUACCAAAUCAGGACAUUAGUUUUGAUGGAAGGUAAGCUGCUGACUCCAAUUUUUCUUUGUAAUCUGCACAAGUUCAUAUGAUUUUCAGCUACUAAAAGUUGUGACUUUCUCACCCAAUCUUUGAUCUCAGAUGGUGGUAUUAGUCUCUUGAGACUCAACCCAUCGGGAUCUAGAAAGGGAAAGAAAUCAUGAUUGAUAGUAGCAAAACACAAUUUUCUCAGCUUAUGGUCGGAAUUAAGGGUCUCAUGGCAUACUUACAUAAGCUACAUCAAGGAUACAUUUAUAAGUUUGAGAAAUAGAGAGGAUGAUACAUAUGAAACGAAAAGUUGGAUACAAUACUUGGUCUAACUUGGCAAUAAAUCAGAUCUCUGAGAAUUGGGGGCUGACAUGAUAUUGCAGUGCUUUGCUGUACCUCAAAUACCAGAAGUAAUAAUCUUGAAGAAUUCCGAGAGCUCACACCUCCAAUGGGGUUCCAUUUGGAUGUGCUGAGGUUGGAAGGAACCAACAAGGAGAGCACAGAUCUGGUGGAACAUUACCAGACAUUUCUUAUUGUGUCUUUUCUUAUUUCUUUCCUUUUCUUUAGUUUUAUAUUUCUUCUUAUGUUUUUUUCUGUUGGAUUUUGGGCAGUUAUAAUUAUCUGCUUUACAUUAAUGAAAAAAUGGGCCGUUGAGCCCUCUUUAAUUAAAAAAAAAAGAUAUUGUUAAGACGGAUAAAUCCAGUGUAAUCUCACAUCUAGGGAGGGUGGUAUGUAUGCAAUCUUACCCCUAUGUGAAGGUACAUAUGUUGUUUCGGAUUGGGAUAUUUCUCGGGUCAUUUAGAGUUGUACAGUUUAACUUCUAUUUAGAAAGCGAUGUUUAUCAUAUUGAUUUUACUGUUAAAAGAAAGGACCUUGGAGUUUUC